AUGUGCUUCAAAUUCCCCGCCUUCUUCGGCGUCGAGAUCCAAGAGAUCGAGCGAACACCAUACGGGAAGCAAGUAGUCAAGACGACCACAUACGGGUACACGGGGCCGAAAGAACAGGCGCACACGAAGCGCAAGCCCACACGGCGGGACUCGUACCACAGCCGUUCGAGCAGCAACAGCGACAGCAUCUACACCGGCGUGCCCGCGGCGCUGAUCCUUCCUCCAUCGCACCUGCCGCCUCCCCGCUACGAGUACAACGCGAGUGUAGCCGGCAGCGACGCCGCGGGAUACGUCGAGAUCGUCGAUGCCGUGCCGUCGCAGGUCCACCGGUACGCGCUGCCGCCGUCCGCUGCCCCCAGCCCCCCGUUUAGAAGGCAGACGGUGUCCCAGCGCCCGCUGAGCGGGAGGUUCGAGCAGCCGGUUGAGUAUAGUGGUCGCACCCAUAGGGUUUCCCUGCCGCCCGGUGUGACCGUCGAGAGACGUAAUACGAUCGCAGCUACACCGUCCGCGAGAAGGCCCGAGAGCGGCGUCAGGUACAUAAGCACUAGGAAUUCGAGGAAUUCAAGGAGUAGUAAUGCGUCCGAUACCGACUCGUCGCUGUCGUCGUCGGAUGCGUCUGAGGCGUCGGAGAUGGGCGCGGGGAGGAGACGGCGGUGA